AUGAACAUGAACAUUGUACAACUUGGAACGCUUUCGACGCAAACAUGUCUUCUACCGCUUAUCUCGAUGUUUUUAUGGGAGACAAGGAACAGCACACACUUGACGAAGCCGCAUAUAUCACCACCCGCAACUUGCUCGUUAACAACGCAGCCAUCUACGGCUUGCCACCGGAUCUACAGCAUCUAUCAUCAGAACAACAGGAAAUGCUCAGAGAAAUCGAUUCAUCAUCGUUAGAAAUCGCAUGUACUACGCUUCAUGCCCCCAGAACCCCUCUCUGUCGGCCGCCUCGUCUUUGAGUUGAACCCCGAGGCCUCGCUGAAGAAAACGACAGCCAAUUUCACGGCGCUGUGUACGGGGGAGAAAGGAAAGUGUAAAAACGCACGUAACAAAGAGCUAUAUUACCUGGGAUGCCCGAUACAUCGCAUCGUGAAAGAUUUCGUUGCACAGGGGGGCGACGUCACAAGGGGGGACGGCAGUGGCGGCGAGUCGAUAUAUGGCGGAAAAUUCAACGAUGAAAAGGAUGGGUUGAAGAUCAAGAUGCGAAGAGGAACCCUCGCGAUGGCCAACUCCGGCAAAAACACGAAUUCUUCCCAGUUCUUCGUCGUGCUUACGGAUGACGAGACGCAGCUCGCAAAGUUGAACGGGAAAUACGUGGCGUUUGGGGAAUUGAAAGCGGGAUUUGAGGUACUGGAUAGGCUGAAUGAAGUCGCGGGAGACGUUAAUGGGAAACCCAAUGUACCAGUGUGGAUCGGUGGAUGCGGGAAGGGGACUGCAGGCUGAUCAUGUAAAUGGACACGUGGAUCCUGGAGUGUUCAUCCAAAAUCUAGACACUUGGAUAUAAUGAUAAUCGGCAUACCCAUCCUAGACUGAUGGCACUUCUCCCGCGAGUGGAGAUCACAUAAGGAGGCGAGGCCGCUUACGGAAACAUAAGUCGUGCCGCUAGGUGGAGAUAUGAUAUAUUCAGUGUCAGGCUGUCCCUCUGCUCGUGUUUCUAUUCGCUUGGGCGAUUGAGAGCUGAUUACAACUAUUGUGAGACAACUCACCCACCAGGACCCUUGGAGGGAAAA